CACGCAGUACUUGUGCCACUCUUAUCUGUUCCUGCCUUCCUCUAGUUUGAAGCCCGCAUCUUCGAGCUUGAACACGGUUACGUUACCUGUCCUAAGAGUCUUCACCGUUGUUCAGUAACCGCGCGACUUAAUACUAUCACUAAUUCACGUCACUGUGUGCUUCACGGUGUGCUUCGUGGUGUGCUUCACACAAUUAGAUCACCAUGUACUCGGAUUUCUCUGCCAACCCUAUGGUCGCCGAUGCUGAUUACUCGCCCACCGACGAUUCCUUUUACUCCCAAAACCCGUUCGACCAAGCCGAUCCCAUCGGCUUGUACACUAUCCCACCUAACCAAUCGCUGGGAAUCUUUCCUGCCUAUGCCUAUUUCGAACAGCCUCACCCAUCCGUGGAAUACCCCGCAGGCUGGGAUUGUUACUUAACGAACUACUCCACACAGCCACUUGACGAAUACGGGCAAAGUUGUGCAUCUAGUUUCGACACAGUUUCCACGUUCGACCUGGACAUGCCUAGUGCGUCCAACACUAGACUUUACUCUGCUUCACCUCUCCGUAGCGACAGCAUCACAGCCCUUUUAUCUCCACCUCGGUCCCCUCCACUACCCUUGCGCGAGAUUUCAAAAGAAGCGACUUCACCAGACGAAGAGUCAGCUCCACGACAAGCGCGGCCCAAGCGUGGCCGUCCAAGGCUCGACCGCAACCUUUCUGGCGCGAAACCAGUUCCGUCUACCAACGCCUCCUCUUCAAAGCAACACCAGCGUGCGCCACGCCAGCCGCACAAACAAGUUGAGCGCAAGUACCGCGAGGGGUUGAACUCGAAUCUAGUGAGACUGAGACGCGCUGUUCCGACGCUGUCGCAGAGCGAGGAGGACGCUGUAAUCGGGUGGCCGGCGCCGAGCAAAGCGAUGAUACUGUCGUGCGCCGUCGAGUAUAUUGCGAAGAUUGAGCUUGAGAGAGAUGGGCUCCGGGAAAGAAAUGAGCUGCUUGGCGGGACGAUGUGGAGAAAUUGAGAACCAAGUGAACAGCGAAUCGAGGUACGGCGACAGAACUCUGCUGUUGCCAUAGUGACGCAGUUGACGGACGAAUCCUGCGCUUUCCCUUUUUUUGCAGUUCCUGCGGCUUCCCUUGGCGUAUAUAGGUCCUCGGCGUUAGCUAAGAGGCUUUCUUCUACCUGUUUUUUUGCUUCUUUAGAUUGACACGUGGCAAAGUUACUAUAUCGUGCUGAUGCUAGCUCCGUAGUGCAGUCUUAGCAAAUUCCAUACGGAUUUCAUCG